AUGCCAGGUGAGCUGAAAGAGCUCUCGCGUCAGAUUCGUCUUCUGACGAAGCGCUGCAAGAGGCAAGAAGCCGCAGAACGUGACCGUGGCAGUCGGGUUGGACAGGUGCGACAGCGGUGUGCUCCAGACAGUUUGGUUUGCCUGCUUGUCUACAUCUUGAGCAAUUAUGUGGUGGAGCUGGCCGCUGACUUCGUCCUGGGAAAGGGAUGGAAGAACGAUCGGGUUCAUUGCACUGGAUGCGAUGAUGUCAUAGCCGCUGUGGAGUGGGGUUACAUUCGCACGCCUUUGGACGUCUUGCUGGAUCUCGAGCUCGAGCCGCUGAAACUCCUCAGUGCAGCUGCCGUGCUCGCAGCGGCAAAGUAUGUCUUGGAGCAUCGCUUGGCUGCGUGGGUGGAAACACAAAACCGUGAUCAUGGUGUAGCUCCGUCCCGACAUUUGCUGGUGCAUCACGCCCUGACCUGUGUACCAAACAUGGUGCCGCGUGAGGUUCGGAGCCGCCUUCUUGGUCAGAUCUCUGGGCCGGCGCGGAAGCAGCGAAAGUUUCUGGCCAGUUUUCGUCGUCGCUGGGGAGCACGAUAUGGACGUCUUCGAGCUGAGGAUGUGGUUGGUGUUGAGGAGCGUAGAAGGAAGGCGACAGUUUUCUUUCAGUGGAUGAACGAGGCCUGGAAACAAUCGCCAAAGGCACCCUUGUUGGUCAACAUGGACGAAACUUCGAUGGUUCGGCAUCCUGCAGGACACUGGGGGACUGUGAUGAAGUCAGCGCAAAUGAAAGGGCGCUGCGCGGUAGACCGUGCCACCCUCGGAGAACGAAGGUCCUGCAUAACGCUGAUGGCCUCCAUAUGUCCGGAAAGCGCGCUGCAAGAGAUCUUGCCGCAAGUGCUCCUGGGGAAUGAGCAUCAGCUCAGCGUGCGCACACUUCGGACAUUGCGUCCGUCCCUUCCUAACAAUCUCCACAUUUGGAGGGAGAAAAGUGCCUGGACCAAUACCGGUCUCAUCAAGCGUUACCUCAGCUUGCUUGCGCGUAGUUUGGGCAAUGUUGUGGAGAAGCGUACAGUGCUUGUCCUCAUGGACAUGAACCCGUCCCAUCUGGACUACUCGCUGAUAGCUCAUGCGCGGCGCCUCUCGUUGAGAUUGGUUUUGGUGCCAGCCAAAAUGACGAAGUGGCUGCAACCUGCUGACGUCGCUUUGUUCAACAAACUCAAAAAAAGCUUCCGUGCCAAGUGGUGCGAAGUGAAGUCGACGUCGCCGCAAGGCACUGUGUCGCAGGAGCAGUGGCUCCACCUAAUUUGCAGCGCCGUCCAAGAGGUUUUGCUUGGUUUCUGCUGGAGGGCAGUGUUUGCAUCUACAGGCCUUCUCGGAAGCCAAGAAGCCAUAUCCGAAAGUUUGUGUCAGGAACUCGGCCUGGACACUCCGCCGCAAGUUCCAGAGAGAAGUCCAACAAGGAGCGAGGCAGUGGUUCUUUUCCCGGCAAGGACAAAAGUAGAAGUUCUGGCGUGGAUCCACUUUUGUCCAAAAUCGAAAGUCCCUCUGUGCUGCCCACCGCCGGUGAGUUAUUACCGGGGGCAAGCAGUGCGGAGGUUGGAGUAG